ACCACUGAAUUCAUCGCUAGAAGAAGAACCCGGAAGUAAACCAGGUUCCCCGGUAUGGAGUUGUAUAUGCACGUCCCCGCCUUCUACUGCGAGUAAAUUACCGUUUAAUAUUAACUGAGGCUGCCACUGGGUUUUUAUCGUAUUUUAUAUUUCUAGGCUCUCCUUAACUGUAUUUUUUUUUUGGUCAUUAUUGUUCAUAUUUUGCGUUAAUUGUGAUUAACGCUGUCUCGCUGUGCGCAGGCUAGCUGUGUCUGGAGCGACACGUGCUAAUGUUCACGUUUUGGAAGUUUUUUUUUUACGGGUUUUAACAUUUUAUUGGGUUAACAGUUCGGACGAAGAGUCCCAGUAGAUAAUCGCUGUGAGAAUGUACAGACCCGGUAAGAGGAGCGGUGGAGGAGGGAUACCGGACAGGUGGCUCGACUAUAAAGCUGUUGGAAAAAGACUCGAAGGGACUCGUUUCAUUGCCUUUAAAGUUCCACUCAAACGGGCUCUGACUCGUUGUCUCUCGGCCUCUGACGUCUUCGGUCCCUGGGAGCUGCUGGACGCUCUGAGCACAGACAAUGAAGAGCUCGGUCUGAUCGUUGACCUGACGUUCACUACACGCUACUAUCAACUACAGGACGUGCCGGCAUCGCUGCUCUUUGUGAAAAUCUUCACUGCGGGUCACGAGGUUCCCCGCGACAACACGAUCCUGAGCUUCAAGCGCAUCGUUCGCAGGUUUCUACGAGAAAACGCAGACAACGACAAACUGAUCGGCGUCCACUGCACCCACGGCCUGAACCGCACGGGUUACCUGAUCUGCAGGUAUCUGAUCGACGUCGACGGGAUGGAUCCUAAACAGGCUGUCGACUUGUUUAACUCGUCACGGGGCCAUGACAUCGAGAGAAAGAACUAUCUGGACGACCUGCAGCAUGGCCCAAAGAGGAGCAACGAGGGGAUAGAAGAGUCGAAGGAGGAGCCACAGAAUGGCUGCUCUGCCGAGCGGCCGUCUUCUGAGUCAGUGGACUCUGAGGACAGAGAGGACAGACGGGUCAGAGAGGACAGGCGGGACAGAGAGGACAGACGGGACAGAGAGGACAGACGGGACAGAGAGGACAGGCGGGACAGAGAGGACAGAUGGGCCAGAGAGGACAGACGUGACAGAGAGGACAGGCGGGACAGACGAGCACACGGCAGUGACCCCUGGUAUCACAGAUCUCUCUCUCCUCGAGCUUCAAACCACCGCCCACAUCAUCACGAUCAUCGUCAUUAUCCUCCUCCUCCUCCUCCUCCUCUGUAUGGCGGCGAUCUUCUUUCCGAUCCACUGCGAAGCAACGGCGGCCUUCUGCCCGAGCCGCCGUCCAUGCCUCCGCUUCAUCUGCACACGAGAGCCCACUUCCACCCGUACCAAUGGACCGCGCCUCAUCUCGACGGUCAGUGGGGGAGCCACAGCAGAGCCCCGCCCCCUCGCUACACAAGGACAGAGCAGGAAGAGGAGGAGCUGGGCCGCCGCCUCCACUUGCCCUGGACCGAUGAGGACGAGUGGGCGAGUCAUCGCCACAGACACACGCACAGCCUGAGAUAUGACCACUACUAGACUGAUCACAUGAUCACGUGACUGUGCUGACGGCGGCGCUGCAGUCGUCACAAAUCCACAACAGAGUCUCAUUUUAAUGAGCUGCGGCUGAAAAUGCGUCAGUGGACGAGGGACAUUAACAUUUUAUUGACUUGUUUUAUUUGCAGAACAUGAUUUUGCAGGAGGUUCUAGACAACUUUAACAAGAUGUUCACUGCUUUUAUUUUAGCUGUGAGACCGUGUUUUCUUACAGGAAACUGAAGUUUGUGUCAUGAGAAUCAAGGGAAAGCAGUGAAUUUAUUUAGUUUUUAUGAAAACUGGCAUCAAAAAUGAAUGGUUUAGGUAAACGCGAUUGCUUUGCUUUGAAAUUGCUUCAUCCUUCCCUUUUUGUUUUUUUUAUUGUUUUGCUGUUGCUAUGGUUACGCCUGAUGUCCGCACUACUCAGGAACUUUGAUGAAGGUAAAAACAAUUUUUUAAAAUCUGGACUGGCAGAAAGGCAGAUUAUUUUUGUUUGAAAAUCCGGAUCUGAUUUUUACCCGGUCACGUGACCAGCUCGUGUCCUCUUCUUCUAGGUCCAACCAUAAAAAGACAGUAGAAGAAGAUUGUGUCCUUUAGUAAAGCUCUUAUUGUUCUACAGAGGUCACUGUGCCUUGUUCAGCCAAAAGUUGACCCUGCCAACAAAAAUAAAUGUUUGAAACAUG